UAUCUUAUAUAAGAAUUAUUACAAAUCAUUACAUUACAGAGACGUAUUUACGUCAGAUUCUCCGGAUCCGUGGUUCAACUGUCAACUUCUUCACUUUCCAAUAGAAACGUGUUUCGUACCACUUUGGAUUUUCCCGCCAUUGUUAACGGGCAAUUUCGUAAUACUGAUUGUGUUGGUAGAAAUGUAUGUUAACAGGUUGUGAAGGUGGUAUGUGUUAAGUAUGUAAUGCCAUGCCUUGAAACAGAUUUUACAUAUAUUUAUUUGGUUUUCAAAAUACGUUGCGUAUAGGUCAAAAGAAUGGUCGAAGGUGCCGUGUUGAUAGGGUCAGGGGUUCGUGACAAAUACUCAAAGAUUAAUAUCAUUCAUCCAGAGUUUAUUGUUGGUCGCUCCAAAUCUUCAUCGUUUGUCAUCUGCAGCCUUUUUGUUUCAAAAACUCAGUGCAUUUUUAAGAAGACAAAUGGGACGUGGACAGUGUGUGAUAAAAGUACGUAUGGAACAUAUGUGAACGGUAAGAAGCUGAUGCAAGACAGACCAACUACAUUAAGAGAUGGCGAUGAGGUUGCAUUUGGCCCCCGCACUAAUUUUAGGUACAUUUUCUACACGGAAGAUAUCUCCACAAAUCCUUUGAAGAAAAUAAGGCUGGAUGGGGAAGUUACUUUAGAAGAAGAGGGAUUGCAGACGGAGAAACAGAUGAUGGAAUUGAAAAUCAAGAAAUACCCAGAACAGCGAGAGAUGAUGGACCAUGAGGAGAAAGGAGACGUACAAGAAGAGCUACAAUCAAGAAACACAGAGGAGAAAAAUAUUUUGGAAGAAGAGCUGAAAUUGGAACAACAGAAUGAACAAAGGAAAAUCUCUCACGAAAAACUGCUACAAGAAAAAUGCAUACUAGAAGAAAAAUUGAAGGAAAUGCAAACUGUACUAGAAGAAAAGGAAAAGGCUCAAGAUUUGUUAUACAAACAGCUUCAAGAAAAGGAAGAACAAAGGCUGCAAGAUUUGAAACAGCUUCAGGAACAAAAAGACGCACAGACCCAAGUCCUGCUGGAAGAACUUCGGAAAGAAGUUGCAGAAAAGGAAGAUAUUAUUAAAAUUCAGCUUGCAAGAGAAAUUCAGGGCCUGCAGGAAGAAAAACUCAAAAUAGAGAAAGAUAUAAGAGAAGAACUGUCUAAGAAGGACGGAGAAUCAGCUAAAAUCCUGAAACGAUUGCAGGAGGUACUUCAGAAAGUAAAAGGAGAUUUGUCUAAUACUGAAGGAAAGAAGCAGUAUCUUGAACAAGAACUGGAAAAAAUAACAAAGGCCAAGAAAGAUGCGUCAGAAUCGUGCCUCAAAGCAAAGCAGGAGGUGCUAGCUGAUUUUGGAGAGCUGAUGGAAACAGAAUUACAAUGUAGUAUCUGCAGUGAACUUUUUGUUAUAGCGACAACACUGAACUGCACUCACACUUUCUGCCACUCUUGCAUUGUAAAAUGGAUGGAGAAGAAGAAGAAUUGUCCCGUCUGUCGAACAUGUAUCACGUCUCAAAAUAGGUCCAUUGCCAUGGAUAAUUUUAUAGACCGAAUGGUUGAAAACCUAUCGGUGGAGAUGAAGAAUCGGCGGCAAGAGGUCGUUGAAGAAAGGCAAGUUCAAGAAUUGCUAGGCCCCAAAUCAAAACCUGAGCCUUCUCGCGAGCCGCGGAGACGGCGCAGAAGACGUCGAAGUACCACAUCUUCUGAUAGUCCAGAAGAUGACAGCCAAAGUAACAGUGAAGUCAUCUACGUCAGCAGUAGGAGCUCCUCUGACAUGGAAUCUGAGGCGUCAGACGCGUACAAUUCGGAAAACUUGAGUGAUGAAAAUUAUGUGGAAGGAGAUCCACAUGCUUACUAUGGAGGCUAUGGGUACUGCUAUAGAUGUGGAAGAAGAGGUCAUUGGGCCAGAGGAUGUCCUGACUACUGAAUGUGAUAAAGUAUAAUUUAAUUUUGUAGAAUGUAACUUUAAGUUGCAGUUUGUAUAGAACUACUUUGUGGACAUAUUAUAUAUAAAUAAAGUUAUAAAUAUGUAUUUUCUUUUCAGCAAAUAAAUAUUUUACAAUGUU